GGCUGUGCGCGGCGGCGGGGGAGAUGAGCCUGCCCGCCCGCCAUGGGUACGGCCGUCUCCAAGCGCCGCGCCCUGCGUAACGAGGCGGUGGCGUCGGUGGCGGCCAAAGUCAGAGCGGCCAGGGCCUUUGGAGACUACCUGUCCCAAAACCAUCCUGAAGGCAGGAAUGGCUCAGAUCACCUGUUGGCAGAAUCCUACAUGGGACCAGAAGACUCUCCAGAGAUGCACCAGGCUGCCCAGAACAAGCGCCGGCUUUCGCUCAUUUCCGAUGGCAAGUUUGAAAGGAGCUUCUCGGAGGAGCGUGGUGAGAAGCUGACAGGAGAGGGCCCCAAGCCCCGGGUUUACACCAUCUCCGGCGAGCGGCCCAUGCUGUCCCAGCACCAGAGCGAGAGCAUGGAGCUGGUGGUCAUCAAAGGGCCUGAGGCCGAGGAGGAAGAGGAGGAGGAGUGCUCCCAGGGGCAGCCCCUGCAGAACGCUGGCAGCGCCCAUAACAUUAGCAGGCAUUGCAAAGAUGGCUGGACCAGCAACCGGCAGGACUCCAAGGAGUGUCCUGGCUGUGUCCAGUUGGCCCCUCCUUCACAGCAUACCUUUGAUCUUGAGCAUCAUCACCAUCACCAUCACCAUCAGGCUGGCGAGACCGGCUGGCGCCGGAAAAAGUUGGAAAGGAUGUACAGCAUUGACCGUGUGUCAGAGGAUGUCCCGAUCAGGACCUGGUUUCCCAAAGAGAACCUGUUCACUUUCCAAACAGCUACAACAACUAUGCAAGCCAUCUCGGCAUUCAGGGGCUACGCAGAGAGGAAGAGGAGGAAGCGGGAAAAUGAUUCUGCAGCUCUGAUCCAGAGAAAUUUCAGGAAACAUCUGCGCAUGGUGGGGAGCCGCCGCAUGAAGGCACAGACAUUUGCCGAGCGGCGAGAAAGGAGCUUCAGCCGGUCCUGGAGCGACCCGACUCCCAUUAAGCCUGAAAACCUCAAUGACUCCCGAGAAAGCCAUGAGCUCCAGGACUCCUGCUGCGCACUUGAUAAGAGCGUUGACUUGAACUGGGAAGCAGAGAAAGAGCUUGAAGCAGCAGCCUGCAGUGGGGAGGACUUCAUCCCACCCAAAAUCAUGCUCAUUUCCUCCAAGGUGCCCAAAGCAGAAUAUGUUCCAACAAUCAUCCGCAGAGACGACCCAUCCAUCAUACCCAUUCUCUAUGAUCACGAGCACGCUACUUUUGAUGACAUUUUGGAGGAAAUUGAGAAGAAGUUGAAUAUCUAUCGGAAAGGCUGCAAAAUUUGGAAGUUGCUGAUUUUCUGUCAGGGUGGCCCAGGUCACUUGUACCUUCUGAAGAACAAAGUCGCCACUUUUGCAAAAGUGGAAAAGGAGGAAGACAUGAUCUAUUUCUGGAAGCGGCUGGGCCAUCUGAUGAGCAAACUGAACCCCGAGCCAAAUGUCAUUCACAUCAUGGGGUGCUACGUGCUCGGAAACCAUAAUGGAGAGAAGCUUUUCCAAAACCUGAAGAAUUUAAUGAGUCCCUGUCGAGUUACCUUUGAAUCUCCACUAGAGCUCUCUGCUCAAGGGAAGCAAAUGAUCGAAACUUAUUUUGAUUUCCGCCUUUAUCGCCUUUGGAAGACACGCCAGCACUCCAAACUGCUGGAUUAUGACGACAUCUUAUGAGGGCAGUGAGAAAUCGCCCGAAAGUGGUUGGGUUCAGCGGAGUCCAAGUGGCUGAGCUUCGUGCUGAGAGACCUUUUCCACAGGCACAGGGGAGGCCUUUGGAGCCCCUUGGUGGUGGCGGGGCCACCGCGGAGCUAGAGGGGGACGUUGCCGGGACGUCGAGAGCUUUGGAGAGGAUGGCCUGCUACCUCAGGCGUGCAGACCAGCACGUAUGUCUGUUGGAGGGAGCGCUGUGGAACGGGCCAGGGUGGAACUGAGCUGAUUUACUUCACAAAGGGCCAAACUCAUCUGCAGGUCCUUUUUCAAAGACACUUCAAGCUCAGGUUUUCUUAACGACAAGAACUAAAAAUGACAAUCUUUUUCUUUGCGCUACUUAAUAAAGGGGGAACAUCUGUGUGCAGCAUCCUCCUCUUUUUCAUGCGCAGCUGCCUCUCUUUUGGAGGCGAGGAACGCCAUAUUCAACCCCGCGUGCUUUG